CACAAGUUGUAGACCACAGUAGGCGGGCAAGCCGGGUUUUUAAUGUGUGUUUGGUCGGAAAAUUUGAAGUUCAGCACAGCGUUUACAGAAAGAGUAGAAGGAAAGAUAAACCUGUUAAAAAAUACACAAACGGUGUGAAGAAUUUGUGUCCAGCAAUGCAAUUGACUGCGUGUGAGCCCACCACCAUGUCUGAGGCCGUGGUGAUGGAGCCUCCCAGACCAGGCGGCUUCCUGGAGUCUUCCUGUAGUGCAGGGGACAGCGCUCCCUCCCUUGUGGAUACAGCAAACGAGUCAUCAGAGGAAGAGUACACAGGGGAAAGGGAAGAGGAGAUUUGCGCCCACAGUGAAGUCACCAGCAGCACCAAGACUACAGAAGUCCCUGCUGAGCAGACCUCAAACACACAAACAGUGAGUGCCCAACGCCCAGACUCUCUGUCAUUGCCAGCGGCCGCAGCAGAGCGCAGCAUGUGGACGUCUCAGUUUGACGCGGAGGUGAAACUGAGAAUUGGGGAAUCUGGCCUGGCUGCUGAGACCCCUCUGACAGUCAACCAGAUGCUCACCUCAGCCGUGGAACGUUUUGGCGACUUUACGGCUUUGAGCUGGAAGGAGGGCGAGCAGCAGAAGAGCCUGAACUACAGAGAAUACUACCAGUCCUGCCGUAUAGCAGCCAAGAGCUUCCUGAAGCUCGGUUUGCAGCGUUACCAUGGUGUCGGCAUCCUGGGCUUCAACUCAGCCGAGUGGUUCAUCUCUGAUAUCGGAGCCAUUUUGGCGGGUGGGUUUGCUGUGGGCAUCUACACCACCAAUUCUCCCGACGCAUGCCAGUAUGUAGCAGAAAACAGCAGGGCCAAUAUCAUCGUGGUGGAGAACCACAAGCAGCUGCAGAAGAUCCUGCAGGUUGAAGACAAGCUGCCACACUUGAAAGCCAUCGUCCAGUACAAAGAUGCACUAAAAGAGAAGAGACCAAACCUGUACUCUUGGGCCGAGUUUAUGGAGCUUGGACGUGAUGAGCCAGAUGCUCCUCUCGAUGAGAUAAUCGCCAGCCAGAAGCCCAACCAAUGCUGCACACUCAUCUACACCUCAGGAACUACAGGCCACCCCAAAGGAGUCAUGCUCAGCCAUGACAAUCUGACGUGGACAGCGCUCUCCACCAGCCAUCAUGUGCGUCUGACAGAGGCCACUCAGGCCCAGGAGGUGGUGGUCAGCUACCUGCCUCUCAGCCACAUCGCAGCUCAGAUGGUGGACAUCUGGGUCACCAUGAGAGUCGGAGGGGCCACCCACUUCGCUCAGCCAGAUGCCCUCAAGGGCUCUCUGGUAAAUACUUUGAAGGAAGUGCGACCCACAGCCUUCAUGGGCGUCCCACGGGUCUGGGAGAAGAUGCAGGAGAAGAUGAGGUCUGUCGGGGCCAAGUCUUCAACGGUGCGCCGGAAGGUGGCUGCCUGGGCCAAAGAUGUAGGCCUGCAGAGAAAUCUGAACAAGAUGAACCCAAGCGGAGCAGUCGGGCGCACACCGUUCACCUAUCACAUAGCCAAGAAGCUGGUGUUCAAAAAGGUGCGAAAAGCUCUGGGCCUGGACCGCUGCACUAAGUGCUACACCGGCGCCGCUCCCAUCACCAAAGACACCCUGGAGUUCUUCCUCAGCCUGGACAUCCCUCUAUAUGAGCUGUACGGCAUGAGCGAGAGCACCGGACCUCACACCAUCUCGCGCUCAGACGCCUUCAAGAUCACCAGCUGUGGUAAGGAGCUCCCAGGGUGCAAGACAAAGCUGCACAACCCAGACGAGGAGGGAAACGGUGAGAUCUGCUUCUGGGGUCGCCACGUUUUCAUGGGCUACCUCAACAUGCCUGACAAGACAGAGGAGGCCUUGGAUUCAGACGGCUGGCUGCACUCUGGAGACUUGGGCAAACAUGACCAAAACGGAUUCCUCUUCAUCACGGGACGAAUUAAAGAGCUGAUCAUCACAGCAGGAGGUGAGAAUAUCCCUCCGGUCCCAAUCGAGGAUGCAGUCAAAGAGGCUGUGCCGCUUAUUAGCAACGCCAUGCUGAUCGGAGACAAGAGGAAGUUUCUGUCUAUGCUGCUCACCAUUAAGUGCCAGGUGAACGCUGAAUCAGCCGGUCCAGAGGACGAGCUGACACCAGAAGCCAUUGAGCUCUGCAGUAAAAUGGGCAGCAACGCCACACGUGUCUCUGAGAUCACAGGUGGCAAAGAUCGCGAGAUCCACGCUGCCAUCCAGGAGGGAAUCAACAGAGUCAACGAGGAGGCCACCUCCAAUGCUCAGCGCAUCCAGAAGUGGAUCAUCCUGGAUCGGGACUUCUCCAUCGUUGGAGGAGAGCUUGGUCCCACAAUGAAGCUGAAGCGGCCGGUGGUCGUGAAGAUGUACAAAGAGCAGAUCGAGAACUUUUACAAAGAACUGGCAACUCCAACGACCCCGGACAACCCGCUGCCUCCCAAAUAGAGCUGCUGCAGACACACUUCACCUCAUUCAUCCAACUUCUCACUGUCGCCAUGUUUCUCUUGUAUAAAUGUUUUGAAUGCCUUACUUACUUUUUUGUUUGUUUGUUUGUUUGUUUUUGGGUUGUUCGGCCUCGGUUUACAUUUGUGGGUGUUGUACAAAAGGAUAGCAAAAGAGAAGAAGCCAUUGUAAAUUAGCUUUAUGAUUUUGAAGACGUUCUGGAUAAGCUCAACUAUUUAUUUGUGUUUGAGGAAAUGUCCGACAGAUAAUGAAGGAGCAGCAGCUGUAUGUAAGAAGGUUGUUAUUUGUACUGUUAUUCCUGACAUGAAGAGAGAGAAUCCAAAAAUUUAAGUUUAUAGGAUGUUUUUUUGUUUUCUUUUCUUUUAAAAAAGGAGUAAUUUGUGUUUUGGACGUGUUUUCUUUAUUUAUUUUUUUGCCAAAGUCAACGUUUACUACUUUUACUCUUGUAAAAUUUCAUGUUUACUUGCCUUUUACUUGUAUACAGUGGUUUUCUCUUGUCUUUAUCAGCCUGGUUUUAAAGAAAAUAGUUCAUUAUUUGUUUUGUGCAAAAGUCCAAAAACAAAAGAAAAGGUUUUCUACAAAUGUAGCGGCAUCACUCACAGCUGAGCAUCCAAAUUUUUUUGUUCUUUGUGUUGUACAGACGUGUCAUUGAAGCCAUAUAUUUUGCUUUUUUGUAAACGUAAAGACUCUGACUCUGGUGACAGCCUACGCACUUGCCUGGCCCUGUGGAAAUGUUUUCUAACAGCCCCUCCUGUGUGUAGACUUGCUGUGAAAAUGUUAAAUAUUCAAAGUAUGUUGUUUGCCUACAUCAUCAUCAUCACCUUCGCACUCGUCUUUAUUUAUUUUAGUUUAUUUGUCAGCCAUUUAUUGAACAGACCAGACAUCCCAUGCCUUUUUUUCUUGUUUUGCACUCGCACAUAAAUAAAAAAUAUCCGAAAUUUUAAAAAGUUAGAUUGUAGUUUUACAGCAAAUAUAUCAGCUGCAUUAUCCUUAUGCAACAUAUAUCAAAUGUUUAAAUGCUCGAGGUUUCCUUGAAGACAUUCCAUCAUUCUUCAAAGAAAAAUGUUUUAAAUGAAGUGAAAUACUAAAAAGAGGCUGUUGGAAUCCAAAGAGCUGAACUGUAUCUGUAUAUGAAGUAAUUGUAUAUAAGAAUAUUAAAGGUAUUUGUAGUACUCUGAUUAAAAAUGAAGGUGGGUUUGUUGGUUACGGCUCACUCAAAACUAAUCUGAAGUUCAGGGUAAAACAGAGCAAACAGCUAGAGAGCAAAAUGUGUGUAUCUGCUGUCUGCAUUGUAAUUUUAAAUAAAGGAAAUGAAGGUGAUUCAGUGCCUCACUGUCGGGGCGAGUGAGUUUUACUGCUAUAAAGCCACAUGUGAUCUCAGCACGUUCUAAUUAUUAAGAAUCAUGCUGUUAAAAUGUCAUUCAGCAAAAAGCCGGGCUUCAAACAGUGAAAGUUCACCCGACCAUGACAGAGAACUGGAUUUACCUGACCUUAACGAGCUGUUAAUGUUGUUUCUUAGCGACAUCAGGAUGGUAAAAUGGAAAUAUGCAUGACGCUGCCGGAGAGGAGAGCAAAGCGAGCGUGUUUCUGUCGACAGAAAUGUGAAUGUUCAUGUUUGUGAUCAAGUUAUGGAAUAAAAGAUGAAGAUGAA